AUCCAAAUAAAUAGAAGCAAGUAGAAGUAGGUAGGACAUGUUAGGUACAUAAUGUCUUCCUUUAAAAAACUUAAAACAAGUUUUUUAGACGUCCAUUAGAUCUUUUUAUUCUUGCAGAUAUGCCUUGUUGCUAUUGAAACUUGUCAUACGAUUUCUUUCAAUUUUUAAGCAGACACGCUUUGAGAAACCAGUGACAUGCAGCCAUGACAUGUUUCUGAACGAGGAAUCACUUCCACCCCAGGGACCCCUCGGCUCCAAAGGUUGUGCAUGUGAUUAAAACAACGCCGUAAAGUUUCCCACAUGGUCCAAGUUUAGCAUCUACGUCACACCGACCGACGCCAAUAGGCCACAGCGCUACAAAGCAGAGCACUAUACAUGCAAUGCAGAAGCAUAUAGAAACUGCUGGAGGGGCUUACAGUCGCACUGCCGAGCAAUACGCAAACACUGCAGAAGUAUAUAGAAGUUCGCUUUUACAGCAGAAACACGUAUAUGAAUCGUAGUUCGGCCCUCUUGUAGAAAACGUAUUGACGCACAGGCGGAGAUUCUGAGGCUAAGACUGCGCAUCAAGAUGCCACCCAUCGUCGAGGUUUGCCCGACUUUCUCAUGGCAGCAGAUCACCUCCUGGAUCGUGGUGCAAGCCCUGCAGUCCUGCUACAGGCCCCUCAAUUGGCUGGGUUCCAUCGUCGAAUGGACCAUCAACUUCUUUCUCCUCAACGGCGGGCUCUUCCGUCUGCUCUUCAAACUGUUCACCUUCCAAUGGGGUCGCAUCAUAUUACCCGAUCCGACCGCGGACAACUUCUUGAGCUGCGUGGGGGCGCUGGAUCCCCGUUGCGACUUGUACGUGGACACGUCGAGACCGGGCAAGGCUUCCAGCACUCGAGCAGACGGAGUAGUUUUCCCAGAUGAGAACGUUGGCUCGCGAUCCACCGCGGAUGUAUGCGUCAUGGCGGCAAAGCUGGCAUACGAGAAUCCAGCUGUUGUCAAGCGAGUGGUAAAAGACAUCUGGAAGAUGAAUUUCGUCAAGUUUUACGAAUGCUGGAACGAGCACCAGCAGAUGGACAAUACGCAGGCAUUCAUCUUCACCGACAAGCCCAAAGACGCGAACGCCGUCGUGGUGGCCUUCCGCGGUACGGAAGCAUUCAAUGCGUACGACUGGAGCACCGAUCUGGACUUCACUUGGGUGAAACUGGAUCGCCUGGGCGGCGUCCACCUGGGGUUCCUCGAAGCGGUAGGGCUCGCCAGUCGCAAACAUCGCGAUACGAUUGAGAGGCUGAACACGAAUGCAAUUGCAUCAAGCGAAGCGACCAAAGCGCAAGAGCAAGCCGAAGCAACUGCUACUCGUACCCCCGUCACCCCGCAUCGCCGAUCCAAAGAGGAAAUCGAAAAAGCCCCCUCAACUUCCGGCCUCGCCCAAGGCAUCAUUGACGAUCCUGCCAAGGAGCUCGCGUACGACGCCAUUACGAAACGGGUGGGGCUUAUCCUCAAGGAAAAUCCCAGGGCCAAGCUCUCCAUCACGGGACACUCUCUGGGAGGCGCACUCGCCGCCCUCUACGCCACGAUGCUCCACUACACCGGCCAGACCGAGAUUGCCUCCAAGAUCGGAGCCGUCUACACCUUCGGCCAGCCUCGUGUCGGCGACCAGGACUUCGUCAACUACGCGAACUCCAAGCUCAAGGGCAAAUUCUUCCGCGUCGUCUACUGCAACGAUGUGAUCCCUCGAGUCCCGUUCGACGACCACGUCAUGGGUUUCAAGCACAUCGGCGACUGUAACUAUUUCAACAGCGUGUACAAGGGAAUCAUUGUUAAGGAAGAACCCAACCGGAACUACAGCAUCCUGUGGACAAUAUUUGUGCACCUGAACGCAGUGUGGGAGAUUGUCCAAGGCUUGUUCUUGAUCACUCUCCUGUACGGCAAUCAGUUCUCGGAGUCGACGGUGUGCCUGCUGUUCCGCAUUCUGGGAUUGGCGAUUCCGGGAUUCGCCGCGCACAGUCCAUGCAAUUAUGUGAAUUCGGUGCGUUUAGGGCCGCUUCCGGUCAGAGAGCGCAUCCUAGGUGACGUUGCUGACAUUUCGCAUGAGAUUGCCUUGAUGGAAGACAACGUGAAGGACAUCCUGUGCUGCAUUUUGGUGGCGUUUUUCGGGAAUCAGAUUUGCGAUUCCGGUCCAAAGUGCCUGUUUCAAGCCCGAAACUGCAUGCCUCCUAUGAAGUUUGGAGCAAAAGAGAACCUGUAAUCGAAGAGGUUAUCUGUGUGUUUGUGUGUGUGUACAUAAAUAAAUAUAUAUAAAUACCCUUGUAUUAUUGAUAAUAACAAAUCUACUCCUCACUUUUGUCAUAA